AUCCAAAAUCGGGGGAAGAAGAAGGGUACAAGCACAGCACAUAAAGCAAGGAUGUCGGAGUGGAGUUAAUUCCGCGGGAAGGGUAUGUUGGUGCUUCAGCGGAAAAGGUGGGUCGCUUAUCUCCCGCUAACUCCGGCAUCAAGGAAGGCCGUUGAUCUACAGUAGAGAAACUCACGCCUAAGAUCAAUGACGAUAUAAGGAGCCGAAUUCCGCCCGCCCUCCAAUUCCAGGACCCGACACCGAUCCCCAAGACGCAAACCUGAUCAGAAUAACCUCUGGAAAAAAAAAGAUAUCAGCAAGGACAUAAAAAGAAAGAAAUUCAAAAGCACGAUGAUUACCAUCUGCAAUACUCCUGUCGGCAGCACUGGAUACGGGCUCUUGGGAUUCACUUGGAGACCCCACCAGACGCCCGAUGAACAGGCUUUCGCAGCGAUGAAGGUAUAUAUAUCCCCCCGGCUUAUGACCCCGCCGAAUUCUCAUCGGUCCCGCUAAUAUAAUCACAGAAAGCGAUAGAGAAGGGCGCUAUCUGUUGGAACUCGGGCGAAUUCUACGGCACCCCGGACCCGACCCUCGGCCUCCAACUCCUUCACCGCUACUUCAAAAAGUACCCGGAGGACGCUUCCAAGGUCAUCCUAAGCAUCAAAGGCUGCGUAGACAUGUCAAACCUCAGAGCCCUGGGGUCCCCGGCAGACGUGCGCAAAUCCGUGGACAACACCCUACGCAUCCUCGACGGCGUGAAGAAGAUCGACAUAUUCGAGUGCGCACGGGUGGACCCCAGGACGCCGAUUGAGGAGACGAUUGGCGCGCUCGCCGAGUGCGUGAGGGAGGGGAAAAUCGGAGGCAUAGGACUCAGUGAGUCCGGCGCUGCCACCAUCCGCAGGGCCCACGCUGUGCACCCGAUCGCCGCCGUGGAAAUCGAGUACUCGCUCUGGGCGACGGAGAUACGCACGAACGGAGUCGCCAGUGUUUGCGCCGAACUCAACAUCCCCAUCGUCGCCUAUAGUCCGCUUGGGAAGGGGUUCCUGACGGGGGAGAUAAAGUCCCCGGAAGAUCUCCCGGAGAACGACUUCAGGAGGCGCUUCAGCAGGUUCCAGCCCGAGAACUUUAAGAUCAACAUCGAGCUCGUGAAUAGGGUUGAGGGUCUCGCAAAGAAGAAGGGGUGCACCCCUGCGCAGUUGGCGAUGGAGUGGGUGAGGUACCAGAGCGGGAGGGAUGGGAUGCCGGACUUGUUGCCGAUUCCCGGAGCGACCACCGCGGGGAGGGUUGAGGAGAAUUGUCAAGAGGUUGGCCUCACGGAGGAGGAGUACUCGGAGCUUGAGGGGAUAAUUGGGAGCAACCAGAUCGUCGGAGGGAGGUAUUUCGAAGCGGCCGAGUCCCUUUUGUUUGCCUAAGGCCCGCACAUAGGGUACAUUCACGAGCAGCUGCUCGUAGAUGGUUUGCAUCACGCCCAUCCCAACCGCCCCUGCAAUGCAUAGGUAGAAAUAAAUACACUCAUUCACG